CACCUAUUAGCGCUCUAAUAAUAACAAGAGAUUGUACUUGACGUUUACAUGGAGGGUCGCUUCUGACAUGCAGUGUCCAUGGAAGCCCUGGAGGAGAAGCCAGUAAUCUACACAAUGGAAAACAAACCGAUUGUGACAUGUGCUGGGGACCAAGCACUGUUCACAUCUCUGUACAACCCACUGGCACAGCAGCUGCCCCGGGAACCCAUGGAGUGGAGGAGGUCUUAUGGACGUGCACCAAAGAUGAUUCACCUGGAGGCCAACUUUGUCCAGUUCAAAGAAGAUCUGCUUCCCAAAGAAGGGAACAAAGCCCUCCUCACAUUCCCUUUCUUACACAUUUACUGGACCGACUGCUGUGACACCGAGGCAUACAAGGCUUCGGUGAAGGAGGACAUGGCGCGGUGGCAGGGCCUGCUGCGGCUCCACGGCUCGGCCGACUGGCUCAUCGUCGUGGUGGAGAGCGACGGCAAAAAGAAGAACAAGACCAACAUCCUGCCGCGCACCUCCAUCGUGGACAAGAUCCGCAACGACUUCUGCAACAAGCAGAGCGACAGGUGCGUGGUUCUGUCGGACCCGCUGAAGGACUCGUCCCGGGCGCAGGAGUCCUGGAGCGCGUUCCUGACCAAGCUGCGCACGCUGCUGCUCAUGUCCUUCACCAAGAACCUGGGCCGCUUCGAGGACGACAUGCGCACGCUGCGGGAGAAGCGCACCGAGCCCGGCUGGAGCUUCUGCGACUACUUCAUGGUGCAGGAAGAGCUGGCGUUUGUAUUUGAGAUGCUGCAGCAGUUUGAAGAUGCCUUGGUUCAGUAUGAUGAGCUGGACGCCCUCUUCACGCAGUACGUCCUCAACUUUGGGGCUGGAGACGGGGCUAACUGGCUGGGCUCGUUCUGCGCGCCGGUGCGCAGCUGGAACGGGCUGGUGCUGCGCAGGCCCAUAGACAUGGAGAAGAGGGAGCAGAUCCAGAGGGGGCAGGCCAGCCUGCUGGAUCUGCGCAGCUACCUGUUCUCCCGCCAGUGCACGCUGCUCGUCUUCCUGCAGAGGCCCUGGGAGGUGACGCAGCGCGCCCUGGAGCUGCUGCACAACUGCGUGCAGGAGCUGCGCCUGCUGGAGGUCUCCGUGCUGCAGGGGGCGCUAGACUGCUGGGUGUUCCUCAGCUGCCUGGAAGUGCUGCAGAGGAUCGAGGGGUGUUGCGACCGAGCGCAGCUGGAAGCCAACUGCUCCCACACCGUGGGCCUAUGGGCCUACUCCUCUGAGAAGCUGAAGUCUCUGGGCUCUCUGUGUGGUCUGAUGUCAGAGAACGGACCUAACUCUGAGGACCUGAACAGAACUGUGGACCUGCUCGCUGGACUGGGAUCUGAGAGACCCGAAACAGCCAGUAGCCUGCAGAGCCCCUACAAAAAACUCAAAGAAGCCUUAUCUUCGGUAGAAGCUUUUGAAAAACACUAUCUGGACCUGACUCACGCUGCCAUGGAGAUGUACAGGGCGAUUGGCAGGAUGCGCUCGGCCCGGCUGGUGGGGAAGAGCCUGGCUGAGUUCUACAUGAGAAAGGGCGACCCCCGGAGGGCGGAGGGCUUCCUGCAGGACGCUCUGAGCUCCUACGUGUCAGAGGGCUGGUCUCUGCCCAUCACCCACACCAGGAAGCAGGUCGCUGAGUGCCAAAAACUGCUGAGCCACACAGAGGAAUACCUUCAGACGAGUGCCUUGCUAGCUGGCGAUGCCAACCUGACAGACAAGGAGCGGGAACAUUUCUGCCAGGAGAUCCUGACCUAUGCCAACCACACCUCCGAUAGCCAAGCUCAGAAAGUGGUGUUGAGUAUGAGCGCGUUUGCGCAGCUGCGGCAGCUGCAGUUCUCCCCGGCAGCGGCGGUGGUGCACGUGGGCGCCGCCCUGCAGCUGGAGCUGCGCCUGCACAGCCUGAUGCCCGUCGCCGUGCGGCUGGAGCAGCUGGCCGCCAGCGUGCACUUCAGCCUGGAGAAGGGCGGGGCUGGGGGCGGGGCGCAGCGCCAGGCGGGGGCGGUGCAGUUCCCCCGGGAGAGUCCCCCAGGAGCGCAGCCCCGCCCCCAGCCCCCCGCCCUGGAGCUGCACGAGAUGCAUGACCGCAGUCCCUCGGACAACGGCCUCAACUCCGCGGGCGUGGUCUGCAAGAACGUGCACCUGCUGCUGCGCAGGCGGGGCAGCUCCGCCUCCCUGGACCCGCCCGGGCACGUCGGCGUCGCCGUGGACGACGGGGCCCAGCUGCUGAAGACCAGCGAGGUGGUGCUGUCACCUGGCAACAACAGCAUCCUCUUCACUGCCCCUAGUGGAGAGCCGGGCACCUACACGCUGCGGCAGCUGUGCGCCACGGUGGGACGGGUGCAGUUCGUCCUGCCCCACAUCUGCCCCGUGGUGCGGUACGAGGUGUACUCCCAGGAGCCCCAGCUUAGGAUCGAGCCCCUCGCAGACAACCUGCUGGCAGGUCUCCCGCAGAGGGUGAAGUUCACCGUGGUCACCGGUCACUACAGCAUUAAGAAGGGCGAUGCGCUGCAGCUGAGUAACAUGGAUGCCAUGCCCAUCUUGCCCUCCACCACCUGCUCUGCCGAAAUUCUCUCCAGCACUGGAGAGCGUGUGGGAGAGAGUGUCCUCUCUGUGCAGUCCUCUGAGAGAGUGACCAGUAUAUCGCUGCCUCUCGCCCCCCCCUACCACACCGUCCAGUUCCAGCUGGAGGCUCUGUGCCGCAUCCCGCCGACGCCGCCGCGGCCCGAGAGCCAGCGGCUCACCAACGGCGAGCUCCAGCACUGGGCCAAGAGCCGCAAGCGGGCCGACAGCGGCGUGGCUGCCGUCGACCUGAAGAUGUCCAUCGACUGCCCCUGGUCUAUAUACUCCACUCUCAUAGUCCUGACGUUUCACAUCCCCUUUAAAUCCAAACACUCCCUGCUCUCAGUGGGGAAGAGGAAGUACAUCCAGGUAUGUGUGCAGAAUGUGUCUGACAUGGACUUCCACCUGGUGGAGCAGAGCCUGACAGAGAGGGAGGGGACCUCUCUAGAGCUGCAGUCUCUCAAUGCCAAAACGCAGCAGCUGCUGCACAGUAAGCAGUCCCUCUUCUGUGUGUGGGAGGUGAAGUGGGUCUCGGACCCCCCGCUCUGUCUCCAGUGCGUUUUCUCCGUCAGCUUCUCUCCAGCCGCCGCCGCCGAGGGCUCCAGCUACAAACCGUACCGCCACGAGUUCCUGCUGGAGGACGUUUCUACUCUGUACAGCUUGAGAACAGAGAUCAUGCCAGCUCCUGAGGCGCAGGACUGUCACACCGGCGCCCUCUGUGUGCUGGAGGUGUGCAUCACACGCCUAGCGGAGCUGUGCGAGGCUGAGAAGGAGGACGCGGGGCUGACGGAGAGUGAUGGCCUCUACACCGCCAAACUCCUGUAUGAGGUUGUAGAUAACAGCAGUAACUGGGCGGUGUGUGGUAAGAGCUCUGGGCUGGUUUCUAUGCCUGUGGCUGCCAGUGCCACACACAGGGUGCAGAUGGAGGUGAUGCCCCUGUUUGCCGGGAACUUGCCGUUCCCCAACAUCAAGCUGUUCAAGUACCUUCCGCACUACGCCCCGCCCAUUAUCCAGACUGACACAGACGGCUGUUUGGAGAAAGACAGCGUCUCCCUGCUGGACGACCAGGCGGCGGACACGGCCAGCAUCCGCAGCCGGGGCAGCGUGCACUCCCUGGGGGGCGGCGAGCCGGUGCGCGGCCCCCCCCUGCCCCGCCUGGAGCCCUUCGGCGUCGGCCAGGUGUUCAACGCCAGCCGGGGGCGGCAGGUGCUGGUCCUGCCGGGAAAGGACGAUCACGUGCUGGAGGUCAAUGUCACAUGACCCCCAUGAGUCGCACGACCCUCCCCCCCCCCCCGGGCCAUAGUGCCGGGCGGGCGUGGCAUGGCAUGCCUCUUGACUCUGGACUGAUGGGCAAGCCCCGCCCCACCACACUGCAGAUAUUGCUGGAGCCUGAGACCCCAUCCUAUUUCAUGCAGUUCUUUUUCUUCUUUUUGUUUUUUGGUUCAUGCGGUUUGUUUAUUCUCCUCUCCUCCUCCAGACUGCAGAGCCUGCUGCGCACUGGUUCUCUCCCCUCUCUGUGGGCGGAGUUUUGACUAUCUCCUUCCCUGAUUGGCCUCUCUCUCCCGUCUGUGUGGGUGGAUUAAGGACUGUAUCGCCCUCUCUGUUUGGCUCCCUCUUAGCCUGAGCAUCUCUUACCUGUCCCAGAAUGCACUGCUGCUGCAUCAUCCGACCCCCCACACCACCCCUCCUUGGUAUCGUUGAACCCCAUCACUAGUCUCACUCAGAACUCCAUCACCCCACAUGAUCUAAGAAAUGCACAUGCAAAGACUAUCAAAUCCAGUGCAGAUGUGUGUAUGUGUACGUGCUAUGGAGAUGAGACCGGAUGCUUGUCUGUGAGCCCUACAUACUGGUGCCAGUAAUAUUGGGGCCAGUGGUAUUAUGGGAAAUGUAGUUCCCGUCAGUACUAGUGUUGGAGUGCCUAUGUGCCCUCCCCUGCUGACUGUAGAUAAAGCGCCCCCUCUGGCCACUGUACAUACUGUUACAUGCAUAGAUGCUAUAAUAGAAAGAAUCACUGUACUGCCUGUAUAUGUUUCACCAACAGAACAGUUUGAUUAAAGAAAUUAUUUAAAAAAUAAAUUCUGCACUUCAGAAGUGAGAGUCUCUCUGUGGAAAUUCUCAGGAGCAACUGUCUUUUCCAGCCUGCCAGUAAACAAGUAUUUCAGAAUGUAUUUUUAUAUUCAAAUAGUUCCCUCAUUUCAUGAUUUUCAGUUGAAUGUUUGUAAAUGUGGAAGUCCCUGACUAGAUUUCACCUGUAGAUACAGUUAAUGUAGCAGGGGAGAGGUUGUCUCUUUGUGUCUCUCUGUCUGCCUGUCAUUUGUCUGUCUGUCUGUUUGUCUGUCUGUCAUUUUCCUGCCUGUCUGUCUGUCUGUGAUAACUGGGGGAAUUGGUGUAUUGUAAAUGAAUGAUGUAGAGUGUAGCUUAGUGAUGAAGGAGUGCAUGUGUGUUUAGUUUAGUAUAUUUGUGAGUGAGUGGGUUGAAUAAUGUAGUGUAUUUAUGAGGUUGUGGGUAUUGUAGUGUGGUGGAUGGGUGGUAUAGUGUUGUAUAUGUAUGAAAAAGCUUGUGAUAGUUUGGAAUUGGGUUGAAUUGGGUCUUGAAUGAAACUGGGUUGUGUAGUGCAGAGGCUGUGAAACGAAGUCAUAUCUGCAAUGUGUUUUCCUGUGUUUGUCAAUAUCCAUUAACCCCAGACCAGUGUGGGCCUUUUCCGUCUAUGUCUGUGACCACACCCCUGGUUUCAAUCAAAGUGUUGUCAAUCACAAGCCCCUCCCACUCAAAUUAGUUGUAGCCUACACAAUCCUCCGAGGUGAGAGGGUGUUAUUCAGUCUUUGUCUCACUGCAGUCACAUCUCAUUCAUGGGCCUUCUCACAAGUAUUUCUAAUAUCUGAGUAAGAAUGGACACACCCAGAAGCUAUGUCCUUCUGUGUUCCUUUUCCAUUAAAUGGGAAGUUGACUAUGAAUUUGUACUUUAAAAUGUGGUCUUAAACACUAAUAUUUGUUGUUUUUUUAUACUGAGCUGAAACUUGUGACUGUUUUUGGAGGCUAAUCAUGAGCUUGUGGCUGCAUUCAGCACAGAGGCAAGCAUUCUGUUCUGUUUAUUUAUAACAUUUAUUUUCUUAUUGAAUGAUGGAAUUCAUGAUCUUGGUUGGCUGGAAAGGAUAGGUGCCUGUGUGACAUUUACACAAAAAAACAUGAGGAGUUCCCCAUUCCCCCCUUUAUUUUGGGUGAGGAAGGGGGGGGGGGCUAUUAAGGUUACCAUUUUGUCACAUUUUUUAUUUAUUCCAUUCGAUGCCAAGCACCUCAGAUUGUAUUCAUAUUGUGUAAUUAUUUAAAAAAAAUGUAUUGUAUGCAUUAUAAAGUUUAAAAUAUACCUAUGUUUUAAA